UAAGUGAGUAUAAAAAUGGUGGAACUGGAGAAAGGAAAUUGGCCUGUGGACGCAGAAGUAAGCUUGUUUCAUGCGAUGAGGGGUCACAAGCCAGUUGGUGUUAACAAGCAUUUUCAAAUGUUGUUUAUUCAUGAAAAGCUGAACAGCUCAUCCAGCAGGAAAAUUUCAUCCAAAGACAUCUGGGAUCACCUUAGUUCUAUGUAUGACUUACAGGCACUGAAUGAAUCAGAAAUCAUACCAUUCCCAAACAAAGAGUCUGAUUUUGACCUCCCUGGAGAAGAUUUCAAGGUCAAAGACACUUCCAGAAAUGCUACUGAUUUUUCACAAGAAGACAAAUCAGAAUCAAAGUCUGACUCAGUAGGAACAAAACAUGGAAAAUCGGAGAAAAAUGAAUCCAAGCAAAUUGAAAACAAACACACAAGCAAUGUUCUUCAUGCAAACACUCCAGAAAACUCACCAAAGAGGAAAAGAACGAGAAACACGCCUUCAGCAAAUGCCAGUCCCGCUACUCCUGAUGUCCCGCCUCCAAAACGAAGAAGAUGAAACAAAAAUAUCUGUGUUGUAAUAAAUGUUAAAAGAGGCAGCUCAAAAGACAGACUGACUUUAUUUCUGUAUGUUGUUCAAGUAUUCAGGGGUUUAUAACCUCUUAAUAUGAAGUUACUAGUAUAUAAAUUGUAGAUCUAAAAGGACCUCAAUACAAUCUUCAUCUCUCAUUCCAGCUCAGUAGAUGAGGUUAAGCUUCUCUUAUCAUGAAAAGGAAUUUACCAUUUGUUUUCUUAUCACCUGAUAACAAAAUUUUGUAAAUCUUCUGACGGAGGAUUUUUACUGGUAGAGAAGAAAUGAUACAGUAAUAUACAUGUACAAGUUAGAUUGAUGCCAGCUAUAUAUACAACCCUUAAUGGGCUGGGAGGAAAAAUAUCAUGAUUUUUUUUAUAAAAUAAGUUGCAUUUCUUGGGGAUUUAAUAUCUAAAAGGAAAAAAAGGUAUUAAAUGUCUAUUUUUGUUACAUUUUUGUUACAUACUUCAGAGGUACAGGUCAUACCUUGAAUUAUGUUAAUGUUCAAACAAAAAUAAAUUUAUAAAACUUUC